UUUUCUUUCUUUAUUUUCUCUCAUAAUAAUGAUGGUAAAGAAUCUCAAACCCUUUAUUACUAAUUUACUCUACAAUCAAAAUGACUGUAAAGAUAAGACUGUCCUGUGAGUCAUUCCUCCUUUUCUUUGAAGAUUACAGGUAUUUAGACAUUGUCUGAUUUUUUAUCCUUUUGCACAUUGUUGAUUCAUCAGAAUUGUUGGUAAAUGGGAUCUGAAGGGCCUCUUGCAGUAACAAUCCAUGUGACAGGUUUUAAGAAAUUCCAUGGAGUUUCAGAGAAUCCAACUGAGACGAUUGUUUGUAAUUUAAAAGAGUAUAUGAAGAAAAAGGGUUUUCCCAAAGGGCUGAUCCUUGGAAGUUGCAGCAUUCUUGAGACUGCUGGACAAGGAGCGGUUGCCUCCUUAUAUCAGACAUUGCAAUCUGCUCUGAGCACAAAAGAUUCUGACUCUUCCAAAUUGGGGAGAGUUAUUUGGCUACACUUAGGAGUUAAUAGCGGUGCAACAAGGUUUGCUAUUGAGAAUCAAGCUGUCAAUGAAGCUACUUUUCGUUGUCCAGAUGAAAUGGGAUGGAAGCCUCAGAAAGUCCCCAUUAUUCCCACAGAUGGUGGAAUUUCACGGACACGAGAGACUACUCUUCCCGUUGAGGAGAUUACAAGGGCCUUGGCAAAGAUGGGUUAUGAGGUGAUGACCUCUGAUGAUGCUGGUCGAUUUGUUUGCAACUAUGUAUAUUACCAUUCUCUCCGUUUUGCAGAGCAAAAUGGGAUUAAAUCACUCUUUGUACAUGUGCCCCUCUUCUUAGCAAUAGAUGAGGAGACCCAAAUGCAAUUUGUUGCAUCCUUGCUCGACAUACUUUCCUCUUUAAACUAGUGUACUACUAAUCUCCUCUCAUCUUUAUGUCUAGAUGCAUAUUUGCUUGUAUUGUUAUUGGCCAUGUAUGUGAAGGGCGGUGGUGUGUGUUUGUUUAGUGUUUUUUUUUACAAUAAACAGUUUAAUGGCACAUACAUCUAGCGUGUUUUUCUGUGAUUUUUUUGUAAAGGCUCAAAGCACUAUUCUAUUGUUCAAGCAAUCUUUCAUGCUAAAUUGUGAAUAAAAUUGUUGCUCACAAAGCUUACCUAUA